AUGAAAAGAAAGCUAAACGAAAUUCAAGAGGAUGCUUCUUCUCAGGAUUUAAUUGAAGAAAACCCCUAUAGGAUUGUAAACGGAUAUAGAUUAGUCGUUCCAUAUUUAAACGUAUAUAAAACCUAUGUUAAGCAGAGAUGGAUGGGAAAACAACUAUACAAUGUCUUGACGGAUGAAUUUGCAGCAUUUAAUGACGAAUAUAUAAGGUACGCUUCGUCGAGGAAUAAGAUAAAGGUGUUUGACAAGGACGAUAGAGAUAUAUACCCAAACAGUCCAGCAAAGGUCCUAGUUCACAAGCUAAAGCCGAACGAAAAAAUAGUACACUACGCAUCAGUCCAUGAACCAAUAUCUCUACACACACAUAUAAGAGUUCUUCACGAAGACGAAGACUACAUAGUGGUAUCGAAGCCAACGAGCUUACCAGUGUAUAGAACAGGCACGUAUAAAUAUAACACACUAAUAGAGGUGCUGAAACACGAAGUGGACUGUUGCAAAAAUUUGGACCUAUAUCCAGUGCACAGAAUAGAUAAACUCGUCUCAGGAAUAGUGGCCUUUGCAAAGAGUAGUAGAGCAGCAACAGUGUUAUCGCAAAGUUUAAGGGAUAAGUCAGUAAGGAAGGUAUAUAUAGCAAGGGUUAGGGGUAACUUCUGGGAAUUUAUGAGAAAAGCUGAAGAGUGUGAAGAUGAUGAGAAUAUAGAUGAUGAAAAGUUGAGUAAAAUAGUUACACACCACGGGUAUAUACAUCCAAUAUCAAUAAAACUGAGCAAGCACGAGUUCACAGACAAGUGUUUAAACAGUAAAUACAAACCAGCAACGACGAGGUUCAGGUUUAUAGCACACAACAAGGACCUGGAUGAAUCACUAAUACUGGUAUCGCCAAUAACGGGAAGAACACACCAAAUAAGAGCACACCUUAAAUUUUUGGGCCACGCAAUAUCAAACGAUCCAUCAUACAACAAUGGGCACUGCACAGACAGUAGUGAAUAUUUUAGGGAAAUACCAACGUUGAACUGGCAAGUAGACGAGGAAGGCAAUUGGUGCAUUCCGGAGAUAGGAUUUUACGACAACACGGAAAAUAAGCCCACGAAGGAAGAAACAAUGUAUCACAUAGGACUCAACAAUAAGUCAGACGACACACUGACGAAAACAGGAAUAUUUCUGCACUCGUUGAGAUAUAUCUGGGAUAAGCACUUUGAUGUGUCAGAUUCAUUGCCGAAGUGGGUGGACAAGUUUGAUAUAGACGGAAAAUUGGACGUAACGAAACUGAACAUGUGGUGA